CCGCGCUCGCCUGGCGGGCGGGGCGGGCGCACGUGGCGGCGGCGGCGGCGUGGUGGGGGGGACUAUGACAGCGCAGGGGGGCGUCUGGGCCCGCCGUGGGAGCGCGCGUGUGCGGGGUGGUGGAUCUGCAGGUGUCUCGCCUGGGCCCCAGGGAGCGCCAUGGCCCGAGCACGCCAGGAGGGCAGCUCCCCGGAGCCCGUAGAGGGCCUGGCCCGCGACGGCCCGCGCCCCUUCCCGCUCAGCCGCCUGGUGCCCUCGGCGGUGUCCUGCGGCCUCUGCGAACCCGGCCUGCCUGCUGCCCCGGCCGCCCCCGCCCUGUUGCCCGCCGCCUACCUCUGCGCCCCCACCGCCCCGCCCGCCGUCACCGCCGCCCUGGGGGCCCCCCGCUGGCCUGGGGGUCCCCGCAGCCGGCCCCGAGGCCCACGACCCGACGGUCCUCAGCCUUCACUCUCGCCCGCGGAGCAGCACCUGGAAUCGCCAGUGCCGAGCGCCCCGGGGGCCCUGGCGGGCGGCCCCACCCAAGCGGCCCCGGGAGUCCGGGGGGAGGAGGAGCAGUGGGCCCGAGAGAUCGGGGCCCAGCUGCGGCGGAUGGCGGACGACCUCAACGCGCUGUACGAGCGGCGGAGACAAGAGGAGCAGCAGCGACACCGCCCCUCGCCCUGGAGAGUCCUGUACAAUCUCAUCAUGGGACUCCUGCCCUUCCCCGGGGGCCGCGGAGCCCCCGAGGUGGAGCCCAAUUAGGUGCCUGUACCCGCCCGGUGGACGUCACGGACUCGGGGGGGCAGGACCCUCCCAACUCCUGACGCCCUGGCCAGCGCGGGGGACUCUUUCUGCACCAUGUAGCAUACUGGACUACAGCCCUGCCCAACCCAGGGGCGGGCCAGGGCAGCCACUCCCGACCCAGCCCCGGCCUAGCCCCGGGGAGCACUGAUGGAGACGUGGACUCCUGGGCCCCUGGCUGAGGGGCCAGGGGAGAGAGGGCUGACGGACUUGGCGUCUGAAGGCGGCGGGGACCGAGGGGGCAGGGCCUGAGCUGCUCCCCUCUGCCACCCACCACCAUCUCAGGAAAGGCUGCUGGUGCUGGCUGCCCAUUCCAGCUGCAGCGGUGACACUGGGGGGCGGGGGUCUCUCCCCCCAGCGCUCCUUCACUUUGGGCCUGGCCUCAGGCCCCUGGUGCUUCCCCCCCUCCUCCCGGGGAGGGGGCCCAUGAAGAGCAAAUGAGCCAAACGUGACCACUAGCCUCCUGGAGCCAGAGAGUGGGGUGUGUCCUGAUGGGUGCCCCGGCCCAGUGCCCAGCCAUCUUCCCUGAGCCAGCCGGCAGGUGGUGGGCAUGCCUGCCUCACCUUCAUCUGGGGGUGGCCAGGAGGGGCCCAGACUGUGAAUCCUGUGCUCUGCCCGCGACCACCCCCCGCUCCCCCCCAUCAAUCCCAUUGCAUAGGUUUAGAGAGAGCACGUGUGACCACUGGCAUUCAUUUGGGGGGUGGGAUAUUUUGGCGGAAGCCGCCCCAGCCUUAGUCCCCAGGGCGAAGCGCUGGGGGGAGACGGGGAGUCAGGGAGGGGGGGAAAAUCUCAGAAGAGGGAGGAGUCUGGGAGCGGGGAGGGAUGGCCCAGCCUGUAAAAUACUGUAUAUUCGCUGCUGUAGAUACCGGAAUGAAUUUUCUGUACAUGUUUGGUUAAUUUUUUUUGUACAUGAUUUUUGUAUGUUUCCUUUUCAAUAAAAUCAGAUUGGAACAGUG